AUGGCGAAAGAAAGCAAAAUCCAGCCCAUUGCCAAUUGGCGAACAAAAGCCAAUGGCCACCUAACGAAGGACGCCAAGGGAGACGACAAAACCGACUAUGCAAGGUGGAGAUUGCACGAUAAUGACGGCCGCUUAACGUGGCGCUAUCUGGAAACUGAUGAAGAAAACGAGAAAUGGCCUCAGACUUUUUACGACAAGUACAACCUGGGACUUCCAACGGGUGCCCCGGAGCUGCCAAAGGCGACGACUCCUCUAGAAUCAGCUGCCAAUGGCCUGGAAUUUUUCUCCAAGUUACAGAUGCCAACUGGACAUUGGGCAUGUGAAUAUGGCGGUCCUAUGUUUCUUUUACCAGGUUUUGUGAUCACCUGGUAUGUUACCAACACGCCCAUACCUCCCGAGUAUGCGGUGGAAAUCAAGCGAUACCUCUUUGCGCGACAAAAUCCGGUUGAUGGCGGUUGGGGACUUCAUAUCGAAGGCCACAGCUCGGCUUUUGGCACAGUAAUGACCUAUGUGAUUCUCCGUAUUUUAGGAGCAAGUGAAGAAGAUCCUCGGAUGAUCAAAGCACGAGGACUUGUUCAUAAGCUUGGGGGUGCAGUUUACACACCGCAUUGGGCAAAAUUUUGGCUUUCGACUUUGGGUGUCAUGGAUUGGAGUUGCGUUAAUCCAGUCCCACCGGAGCUUUGGCUACUUCCUGACUGGGUACCAAUCGCUCCUUGGAGAUGGUGGAUUCAUAUGCGAAUGGUUUUUUUACCAAUGUCCUUUCUGUGGUCAAGAAAAUGGGUUUUCCCGCAGAACGAAUUGACGCGCCAGCUAAGAAAUGAGAUCUACACACAACCCUAUGAAAGUAUAAACUUUGCUUCGCACCGCAAUUCUAUUGCUAAAGAGGACAACUACUAUCCAAAGACAAUGUUCCUCAAUGUGAUCAACAGUUUUCUCGUCAAUUUGUGGACGCCCGUGCUUCGAUUUUCGGCGCUAGUCAAGAAAGCCGAGGACUGGGUAUGGGAAUUGAUUCAAAUGGAGGAUAGGAACACAGAUUAUGCAGGACUUGCGCCCGUCAGCAAUCCUCUAAAUUUCGUUUGUUGCUACAUUCAUGACGGCGAGGGAAGUGAAUCGGUUAGAAAACACCGCGAGACGCUGCACGAAUAUUUGUGGAUGAAGAAUGAGGGUAUGCUUUGCAAUGGCACUAAUGGUGCUCAAGUCUGGGACACGGCAUUUAUCACACAGGCUGUCUCUGUGGCUGGUUUUGCCGAAGAUCCUAAAUGGCGGCCAAUGCUGACCAAAGCUCUCGAAUUUCUGGAUAACCAUCAACUUCGAGAGAACGUCCCCGACCAAGACAAGUGUUAUCGCCAACACAGAAAAGGAGCUUGGCCUUUCAGCAACAAGACUCAAGGUUAUACGGUCAGCGACUGCACUGCAGAGGGCUUACGAUCAGUUUUGCAACUCCAAGAGAUGUACGGAUAUCCUAAACUUGUCUCUGCGGACCGCCUAAAGGACUCGGUCGAUUGUCUCCUUUUGAUGCAGAACGAGACCGGGGGCUUUAGUGAGUACGAGAGCAGACGGGGCUCCCCUCAUUUGGAGUUGCUCAAUGCAGCAGAGGUGUUUGGCGGAAUUAUGAUUAGUUACGACCACGUUGAAUGCACAACUGCAUCCAUUACCGCCUUAUCACUUUUCAGCAGAUUCUACCCAGAUUAUCGAGUUGACGAAAUCAAAGUUGCAAAGCACAAGGCAGUCGAGUAUAUCAAGCGCACCCAAAAGCCAGACGGAAGCUGGUAUGGUAAUUGGGGUAUCUGCUAUACUUAUGCCGCCUUGUUUGCACUAGAAAGUCUUUCUAGUAUUGGAGAAACUUAUAAUAAGAGCGAGUAUUCUCGCCGGGGUUGCGAAUUCUUACUGAGUAAACAAAAAGAAGACGGCGGUUGGGGAGAGUCGUAUCUUAGCAGCGAAUUGCACGUUUACACCCAGCACGAGAUGUCGCAGGUUGUCCAGACAGCUUGGGUUUGCCUGGCUUUGAUGGAAGCUGAAUACCCUGAUCCAGAACCUAUUCGCAGAGGAAUCAAGCUCUUAAUGUCCCGACAACAGGCUAAUGGCGAGUGGCUCCAGGAGGCAAUCGAAGGUGUUUUCAACAUGUCUUGUAUGAUCUCAUAUCCCAACUACAAGUUUUACUGGCCCAUCCGAGCAUUGGGUCUGUUUUCUCAAAAGUUUGGCAAUGAGGCUCUGUCUUAG